AUAAUAAAAAUAACCAUCGGUAUUCAUAGCACUAGUAAAAAUACAUUUUCCCGCCAAUUCAAGUAAAGGUGAAAUCAAGUAAGGCAGAGCCAUCUAGUGUAGAGACAUUUCACAAAAAAAUAAAAAAAAUGAGCACAGCAUUUUCCCCAUUUUUUGUUCAUUUUUACCCGGCGUGAAUGGGUUAAAAUAAUUUUCUUCAGGGUUGCAUAUCAAGGGAAGAAUAGCUUUGUCGAUAAUGAAACCACUACCAGCCGUGCCGAUCUUGGACCUGACUCUUAACUGCACAGAUGAAACAGGAGUGGACUGGGUGUGCCAGGCUGUCAAAGCACUACAACCUGUUGGCGACCACCAGGGAUACAGUGCUCUUAAGUUCCCAGGUGCUGCAGAGAACAUAGCUGUGUGUGAACAGCUGCUGAAUGGCCUGGCUAGCAGUGGGAUUAAAGUGAGGGAAGGGUUGGAGUUUUCCCCACCUGUGAGGACAGUGGAGAAAAAAAGACUCAAAGCCCUCUGCAAAAAACGGCUGGGCUGGCAGCUUGAUGUGAAGGAGGAGGAAGAUAUUUGGAAAAUUUGGUGGUCUCGGAAUAUAGGAUGAGCAUGAUUUGCAGGCCAGAUGUUUUAGAAGUUUGUACCAAUCCAUUUUGUAAAGAAAACCUGUUCCACUUUUAAGAGAUUCUGUUACAGUUACACAGUUGUUUUAAAUAUUUAUAGUAAUAGCAAUUUCCUAGUGUCUCUUUUGAUUUUAACAGAUGAGAUCAUUUUUGUGAUGUGAAUAAGAAUUUUUUUGCAAAAGAGGGUGAAUACUGUAUACAUAUAUUAUUAUGUGAAGAGAUGAUUUUUAUAUUAUA